UUCCAAUGCAAUAAUCAAAUAAUAAGAUCUUAUAAAAUAGUAGGUAGCUGAUAUUCAAAAUUUCAUUCAAUUGUUUCAGUGAUUUUGACAUUGACGACAGUGUCAACGUGGUCAAAAGAGAAUGAUCACAGAUAUUAGAUUGUGAUCAUUCGAUACAUUGACUCGGUACUUGGUCUGCAUCAACCAAAUUCAAAAUGGAUGUGACUAAACAUGUAGAUAAUCCCAAUCCUAGGGAUAAAGCUAAUUUCCUGUCAGUACUAUUUUUCAGUUACACUAUCCCCAUAUUCCGGAAGGGGAUGCGAAAGACAUUAGAGGUAGAUGAUUUAUAUAACCCUUUGCGCAAAGACAGAAGUCGAUUACUAGGAGAUGCCCUAGAACGCAACUGGGAGAAAGAAAUCUCCAAACCGAACUACGAUCCGAAAACCUCCAGAGCCCUCCUGCUAGCUGUAAUCCGCACCUUUUGGACGGAGUACCUCUUUAUGGGGGUACUCGUCGGCUUUGGCGAUCUGUUCGUUCGCACCACGCAGCCCUUAUUGCUGGGCAUGCUGCUCAACUAUUACAAUCCAGAGAGCGAUACCACCAAAACAGAUGCCCUGUACUACGCUGGCGGUAUCGUGCUAUGCAACAUCACGGUCACUGUCAUCAUGUCGCAGUACUUUAUCAAUUGUAUGCACGCUGGGAUGAGGGUCAGGACUGCCGUUUGUGCCUUGAUGUACAGGAAAUCGGUGAAAUUGAGCAAAACCGCUCUAGGCGAUUCCCCACCAGGCAAAGUCGUGAAUCUCCUGUCCAAUGACGUCAACAGAUUCGAUAUGGCCUCGAUGAUGAUCCACCAACUCUGGAUAGGACCGAUUUCUGCAGCCAUCGUCAUGUACUAUCUAUAUCUAAACGCAGGGCUGCCCGGGAUAGCUGGAAUAGCCGUCAUCAUAGUCAUGAGUCCGUUGCAAGCGUACGGUGGGAAACUGGCAGCCAAAUUCAGGAAGCAAACAGCCCUAAAAACCGACGAGCGAAUUAGGCUGAUGGACGAAGUCAUUUGCGGCAUCCAAGUGAUCAAAAUGUACGCGUGGGAGAUACCCUUCAACAAGCUGGUCGGGCUGGCCAGAAGGGCCGAAACGAAGAUCAUCAAGAAAGGAUCGUAUGCGAGGGCUUUCUUCAUGGCGAUGGGGAUGUUCACCACCAGGCUGGCUCUUUUCGCUACGCUCAUCACGAUUUCUUUGUCUGGACAGGAGAUAACGGCUGCCAAAGUGUUCGUCCUGAUGUCGUACUUCAACAUGCUCUCGAUGACCUUGACCGCCCUCUUCGUGCGAGGCGUCACCGAAGUAGCGGAGCUCUUCAUCUCUUUGCGCAGACUCCAAAUGUUCUUGGCCAACGAGGAAUACGAGUACGACCGAGCCGGAGAAUCGCACGCCUUCGAUUCCGGCAAUGAUGGCAAAGAGGCGGUCAAAUUGAAGAAUUUGAGCGCCAAAUGGAACAAAGCGAGCAGCGACGAUGUGCUGCACAAUAUCGAUUUGAAGGCGAACAGAGGGAAGCUGAUUGGGGUGAUUGGACCGGUCGGGUCAGGCAAGAGUUCGCUCCUGCAAACGCUAUUAGGUGAACUGGAAAUCUCUGAUGGCACCAUGAACAUCUCUGGAAGGUUCUCUUACGCCUCCCAAGAGCCGUGGGUCUUCUCUUCUACCAUUCGUCAGAACAUAGUUUUCGGAGCGGAAUUCGACAAAAAACGAUACAAAGAGGUUAUACGCGUCUGCGCAUUGGAAAGAGACUUCGCCCAAUUCCCCAACCGAGACCACACCAUCGUGGGCGAUAAGGGCGCCUCGCUCAGCGGCGGCCAGAAAGCCAGGAUCAAUCUGGCCAGGGCCGUGUACAGGGACAUGGACAUCUAUCUGUUGGACGAUCCGCUGUCCGCCGUGGACAUCCACGUGUCCAAGACGCUGUACGAGGAGUGCAUCAACGGCUUCUUGGCGGGGAAAACGAGGAUUCUGGUCACGCAUCAGGUGCACUAUUUGAAGAACGCCGACAACAUCAUCAUUUUGAAUAACGGUCGUAUUGAGAAAGAAGGAAGCUUCAACGAUCUUUCUAAUAGUGAUAAUCUGUAUGCCAAAUUACUAACCACCGAACCCGAACCUGUAUCAGUGAAAGAGGAAAUAACCAGGAAGGAGAGCAUCAAAUAUUCCAGGCAAAUAUCAAAAAGGAGUCGAAAAUCCUCAACGACCAGCAUAAUCAGCGCCAGGACCAUCGUAGACGGCGUGAUCCCGGACGAAAUCGAGGAAGAAGACGACGACGACGACGAAGAAGAAAACAUCAAAAUGAAAGACGUGCAAGAAGAGAGCUCCAAGGGCAAAGUGGUCGGUUCUCUUCUGCUGAAGUACAUGCGAUCUGGCGCCAGCGCUUGCAACGUUGCAUUGGUUCUCUUCCUGUUCGGUUUUGCACAAGUAGCUGCCAGCUCUGUGGAUUGGUUCAUCAGUUUGUGGACCAAUAUCGAGGAGUACAGAGAGCUGAAGAGCUCGAAUGCGACGGUGGCGGACAAUUGGUAUCCGGAUUUUUCCACCGAGGUGUGUUUGUACAUCUACGGGGGGCUGAUCAUGACUUUGCUGACUGCUCAACUUUCCAGAUCAUUUUCUUUCUAUUCCUUGGCCACUGUUUGUUCCAUGAAGUUGCACGAAUAUCUUUUCCAAGGAAUCAUAGGAGCCACCAUGCGAUUUUUCGAUACGAAUCCCAGCGGCAGGAUUCUCAACAGGUUCUCCAAAGAUAUAGGUUUUGUCGAUGAAAUGGUGCCUAGAACUCUGUUGGACGCAGGACAAAUGAUUCUUCAAAUGAUCGGGUCUUUGGUUCUAGUGACAUCAGUAAAUCCAUAUCUCUUAAUCUUGAUUUUGAUCCUUGCUAUUACCUUCUGGUUCAUAAGGCACAUUUACCUAAAAUCCUCCAAGAACUUGAAACGAUUGGAAGGAAUGAUGAGAAGUCCAGUUUUUACGCAUUUGGGUGCCACCCUGCAAGGACUGAGUACCAUAAGGGCCUUCAGGGCGGAAGACAUUCUGAUUGCGGAAUUCGAUAAUUAUCAAGACUAUUCCACGGGCGCGUGGUUCAUGAGCAUAUCGGCCGGUUCAGCUUUUGGAUUUUCUCUCGAUGUGGGCUGUUCCAUCUUCAUUGCUCUUGUCACCUUCAGCUUCAUCGUUUUUGAUAAAGAAUUGGGUAUAACGGCCGGUAGCGUCGGCCUAGCCAUGUCCCAGGCGAACCAGCUCAGCGGCAUGGUGCAAUUCGCCAUGCGUAUGACCGCCAACAUAGCCAAUCAGCUGAUGUCCGUCGAGCGGAUAGUCGAGUACAAGGAGCUGCCCCCUGAACCGCAGCCCAUUGUGCCUGCCCAGCCUCCGAAGGGCUGGCCGCACCAGGGGCAGAUCACCUUCGGCGACAUGUCGAUGAGCUAUUUCGAGGGCGGACCUCGGGUGCUCAAGAAUUUGUCGUUCAAGAUCAGGGAGAACGAAAAGGUGGGCAUAGUGGGCCGAACAGGUGCCGGAAAAUCCUCCCUCAUAGGCGCCAUCUUCCGCCUGACCAACGUCGAAGGCCUCAUCGAGAUCGACGGCCUCAACACCAAGGACCUCCAGCUCAGAGACCUCCGAUCCAAAAUCACCAUCAUCCCUCAGGACCCUGUCCUGUUCUCGGGCACCCUCCGAUACAACCUCGAUCCGUUCGAGGAGUUCACCGACGAGCAACUGUACAGGGCGAUCGACGAGGUCGAGCUCAAGGACCCGGCCAACGUGAUCAAUCGCUUGGAGAACAGAGUGAUGGACAGAGGGUCGAAUUACAGCGUGGGGCAGAGGCAGCUCAUUUGUCUGGCCAGGGCUAUUAUAAGGAAUAACAAGAUUCUCAUGUUGGACGAAGCCACCGCCAAUGUCGAUCCACAGACUGACGGCCUUAUCCAGAAGACCAUAAGAACCAAAUUCGCGGAUUGCACGGUGUUGACGGUGGCCCACCGUUUGAACACCAUCAUGGAUUCCGAUAGAGUGCUCGUCAUCGAGCAAGGAGAAGUAGCAGAAUUCGACCAUCCGCACGUCCUGCUCCAAAACGAGACCGGCAUCUUUUGCAAAAUGGUCGACGACACUGGCGCGAGUCUGUCGGAACAGCUGCGUCGGAUAGCCAGAGACAAUUACACACAAACUAGGAUGCUGGCAGAGUGAAGGUUAUUCUCAUUAUUUGUUUGUUAGGUGAUUUUUUUAAUAUAAAAUAAGAAUUAUUUUUGCGUG